CUCCGGAAGUGCUUCUCUUUACCUAACGAGGUGAAAAUGGCGGCGUGCUGCAUGUGAAGGGGUCGAACCGGGAACCGGCUUUCUGAUCGGAGAACAUGUACAAAACGCCAUGUAGCAGACUGUCAGGUUUUGUCGGUGUAAGUGUAAAACAGAAAUUAGUUCAAAAUGUUCCUCGAUGUAACCAGAUUGCUCGCAGCCUCAUCCAACUGCACAAAAGAGAUCCAUCAAAAUGGCUGACGUAUCAGCAUCUCAACUUCCUCAAACGCCAGUAUGUUUCAAAGACCAGCAGUGAGCUUCAGCAACGUGCAAUCCCCAAACAGUCGCCUGUUCUUACCAUUGUGGAUGAGAGAGAUGACAGCGUUGAACGGCAAGUGGAGAGAAUACCAACUAUUGAGGCUGUGGCCACAGAAGCUGCUCCACAGCCACAGGAUGUCACCAGUAAAGCACAGCCUGAAGUCUCCACCUUGAAGUCAAAGGAUGUGGCAGCAAAAAAAGGUUCUGUGUCACGUGUUGUUGCCACUACAGAAGAAACUCCACAUAUCCAUGUCGAGUCGAAUGAGGCAAAGCAGGCACGUCUAGACAGACAGUGGAAAGAGCUGAAGGUUGAUGUGGCCGACUUACCAGAUGUCUAUGCCAGACUUGCCAAAAUCAAACUUACAGCGUUGGUGGUUACAACUGCAGCAGCUGGCUAUGCGAUGGCUCCAGUGCCCUUCGAUCCCAUCAUGUUUUCCGUGUCGUUGCUUGGAACAGGCCUCGCCUCCUGCACCGCCAAUUCAAUUAACCAGUACUUUGAGAUGCCUUUCGACUCCAACAUGAACCGUACAAAGAACCGUCCCCUGGUCAGAGGACAGAUCAGCCCUCUCCAUGCCGUAUCGUUUGCUCUGGCCUGUGGAGUACCUGGAGUCGCUCUGCUCACGCUGGCGGUAAACCCUUUGACGGGCUUCCUGGGCGCCCUCAACAUCUUCCUCUACACCUGUUGUUACACACCGCUGAAGAGACUCAGCAUCAGCAACACCUGGGUGGGAGCAGUGGUGGGUGCCAUCCCUCCGGUGAUGGGCUGGACGGCUGCUACAGGUUGCCUAGAGCCAGGUGCUUUGUUGCUGGGUGGUUUCCUGUACAGCUGGCAGUUCCCCCACUUCAAUGCCCUCAGCUGGAACUUGAGAGAGGACUACUCCCGCGGCGGCUAUCGCAUGAUGUCCGUCACCCACCCCGCCAUGUGCAAGCGGGUGGCCCUGCGCCACAGCCUGGGUCUGAUCGGCCUGUCCACCUUAGCGCCGGCGCUGGACGUCACCAGCUGGACCUUCCCCGUCAUCUCCUUACCCAUCAACCUGUACAUCAGCUACCUGGCCUUCCGCUUCUACCGCAGGGGCGACCGCAGCAGCGCCAGGAAGCUGUUCUUCUGCAGCCUCUGGCACCUGCCCAUGCUGCUGCUGCUGGCGCUCACCUGCAAGAAUUACAGCAGGAAGCAGGAGGACGGCGCUCUGCCUCCAGCUGCUAUACCUCUCCCACUGCCAGCCAACUAGUUUCCACAGAUAACCCCACGCCUCCAGAGCGACUGUUUUCACCUCAAUACUGCUUUCAGUCUGCUCGGAGGAGGGCUGCUCGGGUGACUUUAUUUCUGCCUCUGGUGCUCUCCACACAUCAGGAAACGAUGUGCAUCCAAACAGCCGAAUUACAGCAAACACACUGAAUUAUUGCAUUGAAUGUGUGUGUACUGUAUAUAUAUAUAUAUAUAUAUUCUGUAUUUAUUUAUAUAGGGAGCCAGCAGUUUCUCUCUAUGUUGUACAUGACUGAUUUAAAUGACCUUGUACAGUGUAAAUCGCUCCACACAGAUCUCGAUGUAACGCAGAAUUAUGUAAUCAGUAGAUUUGUGUUUGAUUUCGGGGUCACGUGUGUAAACAAUAGGAGAAAUUUAACCUUAUUCCGACGCAGCUUCAACCUGGUGUGUUGAUCGUUGCUCGACUUUCACUUGAUCCCUGUUACUUGACGGUUAAUCAGCCUCGAUGGGUCAUGAUUCGUUAGCAUAAUGCUUUAUUUCAACAUGGUUCACCGGCACCAAAACAAAGGGAAUAUUUCACCCCUGUACCAAACAAGGGCAAACGUUCUCGAACAAUAAACACGCCAUGACUGUUA